GCCUGGAAUUCCAGGAAGCCCCGGAAGCGACGGGAAACCUGGCCCUCCUGGCAACCAGGGGGAAACUGGCCGCUCUGGUCCGCCUGGCCCUGCAGGCCCACGUGGCCAACCAGGUGUAAUGGGUUUCCCUGGUCCUAAGGGCAAUGAGGGUGCACCAGGAAAAAACGGAGAAAGAGGCCCUGGUGGACCACCUGGAACACCUGGUCCUGCUGGGAAGAACGGUGAUGUUGGCCUCCCUGGUCCUCCAGGACCUACUGGUGCUUCUGGGGAGAGAGGAGAACCAGGACCAGCAGGCCCACCUGGCCUCCAGGGAUUGCCUGGUGGGCCAGGACCAGCUGGAGAAAAUGGAAAGCCUGGAGAACCAGGGCCAAAAGGUGAUGUUGGAGGACCAGGAUUCCCAGGCCCUAAGGGUGAAAACGGUAUCCCAGGAGAACGUGGUGCACAGGGUCCUCCAGGACCUCCUGGAACAAGAGGGGGGCCAGGUCCUGCUGGCUCAGAAGGUGCCAAGGGGCCUCCUGGACCACCUGGUGCUGCUGGAGGCACAGGCCUGCCUGGCUUACAGGGAAUGCCAGGGGAAAGAGGACCUUCUGGAAGUCCUGGACCCAAAGGAGAGAGGGGAGAACCUGGUGGCAAAGGUGCUGAUGGCCUUCCUGGAGCAAGAGGAGAGAGAGGCAAUGUAGGUCCCAUUGGUCCUCCUGGUCCUGCUGGCCCACCUGGAGAUAAGGGAGAGACUGGCCCAGCAGGUGCCCCAGGCCCAAUGGGUUCCCGUGGAGGUCCUGGUGAACGAGGAGAACAAGGUCUUCCUGGCCCUGCUGGCUUCCCUGGAGCUCCAGGCCAAAAUGGGGAACCCGGUGGGAAAGGAGAAAGAGGCCCACCUGGUCUGAGAGGAGAAGCUGGACCCCCUGGAGCUGCAGGUCCACAAGGUGGUCCUGGUGCACCAGGUCCACCUGGUCCCCAAGGAAUAAAAGGAGACCGUGGAACUCCUGGAGGCCCUGGUGCUGCUGGUUUCCCUGGUGCACGUGGUCCGCCUGGUCCCCCUGGUAGCAAUGCAAUGCCCCAAGCCUGGCUGACUUUCCUGAGGGUAGUCCAGGCCCCCCUGGGAAUGCAGGACCUGCAGGCAAGGAUGGGCCUCCUGGUCCCCCUGGCAGUGCUGGCUCUCCUGGUUCCCCGGGCCCUGCUGGAAUCAGAGGUGAGCCUGGUGCACCAGGUGAGAAAGGACCACCAGGCGCACGCGGAGAAACGGGAGCACCAGGUCAAGCAGGUCCUCAAGGCAUUGUUGGCAGUCGUGGUAGCACAGGGCUGCCUGGUCAGCGUGGCCCGAUCGGCCCACCCGGCAUUGCAGGUGCCAAGGGUGAAGAUGGUAAACCAGGCUCCAAUGGCAUACCAGGAGAACGUGGUUCUCCUGGUCCCCAGGGCCCUAUGGGACAAAGAGGCUUACCUGGAGAGCCUGGCAGAGAUGGUAACCCUGGCUCAGAUGGCUUGCCUGGACGUGAUGGAUCCCCAGGAGGCAAAGGUGAUCGUGGUGAAAGUGGCUCUCCUGGCCCUCCAGGCCCCCCUGGUCACCCUGGACCUGCAGGUAAUGCUGGAGCACCUGGAAAAUCUGGGGAAAGAGGAUUUCAGGGUCCACCUGGCCCUCCUGGCUCUACUGGUCCUACUGGUGCUCGUGGUCCUGCUGGUCCCCUGGGUCCACAAGGUGCAAUUGGAAGUCCAGGAGCUUCAGGUGCAAGGGGUCCCCCAGGACCAGCUGGGCCACCUGGAAAAGAUGGUACAAGUGGCUACCCAGGUCCAAUUGGUCCUCCUGGCCCCCGCGGAAACAGAGGUGAAAGCGGCCCUGCC